AUGGAAAAAAGUAGGAUACGUAAAACCUUUAAUGACUUACAAGAAUUGGAUAUGAAUAUAAUCAAAGGUAUUCCAUGGGCGGAAGAAAUGUGGAAAGUUUUGUCAAAUGGUUUGGAAAAGACUUUCUUGAACUGGGCUCGAGUGGCUUUGAAGAUGGAAAAAAAAGAAGGUGACAUGAAAGAAUGGGUACAGACUUUUAUUUUACAUUAUGAAGACACCUGCUGUGAGUUAGUGUCUGAUAUGGAAGGGCUCCAAAAUGAUCUGAUCACCAAGAUAGAAGAAUCCCUUCAGAGAGUGGAAGAGUUGAGUAAAAUUUUACAAAUAGAGAUGCCAGUUUUUGGAUAUGAGAAGCAAAGCUUAUACCAAGAACGAGAUCAGUUGAAGAAAUGCAUUGAAGAAUUAGAACAUACAAUUGAAGCAAGAAAAUCAGAACUGAACAAACUUCAAGAAAAACAAAUAGAUUUAUGCCAUAGCUUAGGAAGGAAGAUGAGAACAAUUCAAGAUGAUCCUUUGCCAUCCUCUGAGGAAGUACAAGAAUUUCAAACUUAUAUUGAAAAAUUAGAGCAAGAGAAAUUUGAGAGAUUAGAAAAAUUUUAUACUCUUAAAGAGGAAAUUUCUGUCAUAAUUCAAGAACUCAAUUUCAAACCAUCUACCCAAUUUGAAAAAUAUGUAAUGUCAUCUGAUGAAUCAAAAUUUUUGGUUACUGAGAGUAAUAUGAGGAAUCUACAAGAUUUUCUCAAAACUUUGGAGCAUGAGGUGAAAGUUGUUAAAGAAGAAGUUUUCGAGUUGAGGAACAAAAUAAAUCAUUACUGGAAUGUUCUGGAAAUACCAUUCCUAGAACAAGAAGAAUUCAAACAAAAAUACCCAGGGCAUACACUGGAAAUACUAAUUGCUCUGCGCAAAGAAGUAGAACGUUGUGAAAAUUUGAAGAAGGCCAAUAUAAAGGUUUUUGUGGAGAGGUUGAGAAGUCAGCUAUUGGAAAUCUGGGACAAGUGUGGUUGCACAGAGUCUGUUAGGGGUAACUUCAGGUUUCUUGACUCUGAUUGUUAUACUGAAGAUUUGUUAGAACUCCAUGAAUUCGAAUUGAAAAAAUGGAAUGAUUACUAUGAGGAAGUCAAGGACAUUAUUGCUUUGCUGAAUGAACAUUCUAAAGCCUGGUUCAAACUGAUUGAAUUUGAAGAAUCAGCUGUUGAUCCUAAACGUUUCAAGAAUAGAGGUGGCCAAUUACUGAAAGAAGAAAAGGAGAGAAAUGCACUGAUCAAAAAAAUUCCAAAAAUUGAAAGUACUCUACAAGAAAAGGCUAAUAAAUAUGAACAACAGAAUGGUACUCCAUUCAGAACCAAUGGUGUCACAAUCAAGGAAUAUAUUUGGGAUCUACAUUCUCAAAAAGAAAAUGCCAGGAAGCAGAAACUUAGUGCUAGAAAAAUCAAACAUGAAAACACAAAGUCAGUAUUAACCCAGGUAUUAACACCUGCCAAAUCUGUACAGUGCUUAUUUCCUGUUAACCCUGGGACAAGCACUUGUAAAGGGAAAUCAGCAUCCAAGAGAAAGUUACCUGCUACACCUGCUCUCACCAGUAAAAGAGCCAAAACUAGCCCUGGACAAUUUUCUACUCAGUCAAAAAAAUUAACUGUUCCUAAGAUCACAGUUAAUUCAGUAACUUUAUCCAAACGCCAUUCAACUGAACGCAAAAAACGUCUGGAGAAGAUAAGAAGACAAAGUGCCCAGAAAAAGAAACAUGAUGACCUAAAACAAUCAGAUACAAGUACCAAUUCUGAUUAUGGGGAAUUUGAAACUGAAAUCUCCACCAGAAAUGAUAUCAGAAGUACAAUGUUGCCUGAAACCCCUAGUGCCAGUAGGGGUGUUAGUAGAGUGAAUCCAAGAAUAAUUCUUCCCAAUAAGGGUACUCCAACUGCAUUGAAAAAAACUACAAACAACAACAACCUCAAAUUGGCAACUUCAAAAUCUGAUCUCAAUUUGAUGUUUUGA